GCUGCGGCCUGCAGGAACCAAGUUCUCAUCGAUAUGCAAGACGCGAGUGCUCAGGCGGAACCCGGUAACUGCAGGCAAGCGGACUGAUGGCAGCACGAGCGAGCCAUGGGAUGCCGUGUAUACAGUAGCGGGAUAUAAAGACGGCGUGAUGUCUGGGACUCGCGAGAGAGGCUGGUUCCUCUUCGUGUUGCUCUCUUCUCUGGCGGCUGUUCUGCGGGCUGGUAUUGACCUGGAAGGCUUGAUAUCCUGCUUCAUUCGUCGCAGCAUUAUUGUGUCAGGGACGGAGUGACCACACCUUCGCCCACGAACACUUCAAGCACCAUGCCAUCCUCACUCAAGCUCGCAGCUGUCACCUUAGCCAUUGGUCUCACAGCUGCAGCUCCCGCUCCAGUAAAGAGACAGGACAACGGAUUUUGGAGUGCCGGAAAGUACGAGGGAGCAGGAACUUCUUACAAUGAUGGCAAAUGGUCGCCAGGCCAAUAUCCAGGCUCCGAGCAGCCAGUCACACCCCACCCGUAUCGUGGACACGCAAAGAGCCAGCCAGAGAAGAGCUUGAACGUACAAGUGGGACCACGUCCCUACUUUUUGGUAGAUAACAUGGAUGAUGGGCCUUUGAAGGAGAAGCUCGAGAGCUGCUCUGAAGGACCAUUCGAGACUACUAGCUUUUCGAUCUCGCAUCGUGGUGCGCCAUUACAGUUCCCGGAGCACUCUAAGGAGGGCUACGAAGCCGCCAUCAGAAUGGGAGCAGGUAUCGUCGAAUGCGACGUCUCCUUCACCAGUGAUCGCGAACUCGUCUGCCGCCACUCCAACUGCGAUCUCCAUUAUACGACCAACAUCCUCGCAGUACCUGAGCUCGCCGCCAAGUGCUCCGAACCUUUCGUCCCUUACAACAACGAAACAGGCGAACUAGCCUCAGCAAAAUGCUGCACGAGCGAUAUCACCCUCAAAGAGUUCAAGUCUCUCUGCGCAGAAAUGGAAGGUGGAACUUUCAACGCGAUGAACACCACCCAAUACAACGGUCGUCUCGGCCAAACACCCGAUUGGCGCACAAACUUGUACGCCUACGCCUGUGCGGAACCCUUAUCCUUGAAAGAGCAAAUAUCCCUUGUAGACUCCUACGGGCUGAAUUUCACCGCCGAGGCCAAAACGCCUGAGGUCCCCCUACCAUUCGACGGAAACUACACUCAAGAACUUUUCGCCCAACAAAUCGUCGACACCUUUGACGAAGCGAACAUCGACCCCAGUCGUGUGUGGCUACAAAGUUUCCUCCCAGCUGAUAUCUUUUAUUGGAUCGACAACGCUCCUGAGUAUGGUUUACAAGCUGUAUAUCUCGACGAACGCGCCGAUCUCAACGCCACGGGGUACGACGAGGCAGUAGCUUCUCUGCCCGGCCUUGCAGCACGAGGAGUCAAAAUCAUCGCGCCUUCGAUUUGGCAGCUCGUGACUGCCGAUAACGAAACUCAGGAAGUGAUUCCGUCGACUUACGCGCUCGCUGCCCAAGAGGCUGGACUGGAUAUCAUUACGUGGUCGUUUGAACGUACGGGUCCGCUGGAGGAUGGCGGGGGCUAUUAUUAUAGCAGCGUCAGUAAUUUGAUCAACAAUGAUGGCGACGAGUUGACCGUGCUUGAUGUGAUUGUCCAGAAGGUCAAGGCGAUUAGGAUCUUCGCUGAUUGGCCUGGAACUGUGACGUACUAUGCCAAUUGCUUCGGGCUGAAGUAGUAGUAGUAGUAGUGAGAGACGACAGACGAAAUCGACGGGAACGAUGCUGAAUGUGAGUGAUCAGAUCACGAGAAACGAGACAUUUCUGUAUAGUUGACAACCGAGCACGGCACGCGAAGAUCGAUCGCAGAGGAUUGUUUGCAGGUCCCUACCUACUUACAAGAAAGACCUUUCCUCAUUCUUUGCCUGCACUGCCAAGAGUUAUUAUGCAUACUUAGAUGCUGCAUGUCGCCGACAUGCGUCUAACAUUUGCCAUUUCGCCGUGAGCCGCAGCACCCCGUCCGAACCAUCACAUACUAAGGCACUACUGUACUACUACA